GGAGAAGAGUAGUACACGCUUCGCGAAGCGUACAGAGGCGGAGCUCCGUGAGCGAGAGAGAGAGAGAGAGACGAGACAACGAGAGGACUAGGCAUGGCGACGGAGGAAGCGGCCGAGGCGGCGUCGGCGUCGGCGGGGGAGGCGGAGGGGAGGAUGCCGAUGGUGCUGGGGGUGGACGAGAGCGAGCACAGCUACCACGCGCUGCAGUGGACUCUGCGCCACUUCUUCUCCGCCCCCGCCGGCCAGCAGCAGCAGCAGCAGUACCGCCUCGUCGUCGUCAACGCCAAGCCCACCGCGGCCUCCGCCGUCGGGCUCGCCGGCCCAGGCGCCGCGGAUGUGCUGCCGUUCGUGGAGGCGGACCUGAAGAAGAGCUCCAUGCGCGUCAUCGAGAAGGCCAAGGAGCUCUGCGCGCAGGUGACCGAUGCUCUGUUUGAAGUGGUGGAAGGGGAUGCGAGGAAUGUUCUUUGCGAGGCGGUUGAGAGGCAUCAGGCGGAGAUGUUGGUUGUCGGAAGCCAUGGCUACGGAGCAAUUAAAAGAGCCGUCCUCGGUAGUGUGAGCGAUUACUGCUCCCAUCAUGCACACUGCACCGUGAUGAUUGUAAAGAAGCCGAAGCACAAGCACUGAGUCCAUGAACCAUGGCACCAGCCUUGAGUCCUUGACUGAAUAUCUACCACCAAAUUGUGGAUGUGUCUGUGUGAAUAAAUUGUCACUGUGUUGACAUUUCUAGUCAGCUUCGGCAUGACUUGCAUGUUUGUAGCACGUACUGUAUAUCCUUCUACCUCUGGAUUGAAAAAGGUAAAUAAUUUGUGUUUGAUA